CAUCACCCCGUCACACCUGCAAACAUUUCAACAUCCGAUUCUCCUCACCGGAACCCUAAUUCCACCCAAAUUGCAAUGGCAACCGUAGCAGCAACACCCACCGUGAAGGAUGUCAAAGUCAAGAAAGCUAGGAAGCCUUCUGUUCCACCUCAGCAUCCUCCUUACCUUGAGAUGAUAAAGGAUGCGAUUGUGUCGUUGAAGGAGAGAACCGGUUCGAGUUCACAAGCGAUUGGGAAGUUCAUUGAAGGGAAGUAUAAGAAUUUACCGGCGAAUUAUAAGAAAUUGUUGGCUACACAAUUGAAGAAAAAUGCUGCUGAUGGUAAGCUGGUUAAGGUCAAGGCUUCUUUCAAGCUGCCGCCGAAGGCUGAUUCAGCCAAGCCAGCUGCUAAGCCGAAAGCUGUGAAGAAAGCGCUGGCUAAGAAGAAGGCUGUUGCUACUCCUACAAAAGCUAAAGCUAAAGCUCCGGCUGCCAAGCCGAAAGCAGCAGCGGCUCCCAAGGCUAAACCAGCUCCUAAAGCCAAGCCGGCUGCUAAACCUAAAGCUGCUGCUAAACCCAAAGCUGUGGCUAAGCCGAAAGCGGUGGCUAAGCCAAAAGCGGCGGCUAAGCCAGCUGCUAAGGCGGCUAAGACUUCGGCUCGAUCGACGCCGGGAAAAGCAGCGGCGGCUAAGAAGGCUCCGGUGAAGAAGGCUGCAGCUAAGAAGGUAGCUACGCCGAAGAAAGCGGCUGCUGGAAAGAAGGGAAAGAAGUGAGAGAGUGGUAAAGUAGAAGGGCUUGUAGUGAAACUUUGUUUGUUUGUAGGGGUAUGUUUUGUAAAUUUUUGAGAUGGUCGUGAAGUGGUGUAUCUUGAUUCUUUGCUUUAAACCCUAGAAUGACUCACAGACAUGAAUCCUGAUGUAUUUUUAUUAUUAUUAUUAUUUUCUAUUUGUUUUUGUCUU